AUGGCGGCUGGCGACACGAAUGGCACAGCUUCGGACGAGCGCAUGGACGAGGACCAGGAGCUCGACGCGGCCUAUGCGAUGGUCGAUGAGAGCGCACUCGCGCACGACCCGAACGACCCGAUGAACCUGCUGGCCUACUACCGGCGAGUGCUGCCGUUCCGCUCGCUGUUCACAUGGCUCAACCAGGACAUAGCCGUGACGCGAAACUUUAUGCACCGCGAGUUUGCCUUCACGCUGCAGAACGACGCGUACCUGCGGUACCAGAGCUUUGCCACCUGGGAGGAGUGGAAGAAGGAGGUGUGCCGGCUGAACCCAUCGCGUUUCGAGAUCGGGCCCGUGUACACCGCCAAGCCCAAGGACCGCAAGACGCUGCAGAAGGCCAACUUCAGGCCCGUGCAGCGCGAGCUUGUGUUUGAUAUCGACAUGACGGACUAUGACGAAAUCCGCACCUGCUGCUCCGACAAGCGCCUGUGCAAGCGGUGCUGGAAGCUCAUCGCUGUGGCCGCCGAGGUCCUCGACAUGACGCUGCGCGAGGACUUUGGCUUCAAGCACCUGCUCUGGGUAUACUCGGGCCGCCGUGGAAUCCACUGCUGGGUGUCUGACCCCGAGGCGUGCGCGCUGUCUGACGAGGCGCGCAAGGCGCUCGUGGGCUGGACCGAGGUGGUCCGUGGCGGGGCGAACCAGGCCAAGAAGGUCGCGCUGGGCGCGCCGUCCGCUGGCUUCCCGCGCGCGCUGCACCCCAGUCUGCGCCGCGCGCUCGGCCCGGACGUGCUGGCGAACACGGCGAGCCGCGGCUCGCCCCGGUCGCGUGGUGUGCUGCAGCGCGCGUUCGUCGACGUGCUCUUGCGCGACCAGGACGUGUUCCGCGAGCAGGCGCGCUGGGACAUUCUGCUGCAGCUGCUGCCCACGUCCGACACAGACGCCGUGGCGCGGCUGCAGGCGCGCUGGGCAGCGGGGCCCCGCUCGAGCGUGCAGAAGUGGGACGACGUCCUGGAGGCGGCGCAGCGCAGCCACGACCGUGUGCGGCCGACCUGGAUCGCGGCGCUCGAGGAUAUUGUGCUGCAGUACACGUAUCCGCGUAUCGAUGCCGAGGUCUCGAAGCGCAUGAACCACCUGCUCAAGUCGCCGUUCGUCAUGCACCCGUCGACGGGACGCGUGUGUGUGCCACUGGAACUCGACCAGAUCCUCGACUUUGACCCCGCGACGGGCGCGCCGACCGUCGUGCAGCUGCUGGAGGAGCUCACGCGCGCACAGGCCACGCCCGAGAAGCAGAGCCGCGGCGAGUGGGACAAGACGAGUCUGCGCCCGUUUGUCGAGCAGUUUGACCAGUUCUGCACACGCCUGCUCCGCGACGCGCGCGAGGCCAAGCGCGCCGCGCAGAGGCCCUCGCUCGACUUUUAG